AAGAUAUACAUUUCUUUCCCAACAAACUCGGUGUGCAAUGGGAGCUGGCUCGUGUUGGACUUGGCUUCGUUUCAUGCGUCAAUCUGCUUUCGACAAAGACCUGUCUAGUUUUCCGCUUCUCUCCAGAGAGCACGGGCGUAGUGUGUCACGGGCUUGAAGGGCCGUUUUAUUUCAAAAUCGGCUUUGAAACGAUGCCUCAUCUUAGUCAGAGAGCAUUGACCAUUUUCUGUCAAAGAAUGGCUCCUCACCAUUUUAUCGUUGUGGAAGGACUUGCUUGCUUGUGCCACUGGAGAAUCACAGCUAUAUCAUGCAUUUGCAUUUUGUUUUUAGGCCGACUGGCGGUGUCUUCCCCAAAGCCGCUUGCUGCGGUGCUCGCUCAUCAAAUACAAGCUGCCGCAAUGAAUUCCUAGAGAUCUUUCUGACCAAACUUGAAGAGAAGAAUCAGGAGUUUGACUCUGCGUUCCUUUACAAGCUCCAGAUAAAAUCUGGAGCUGAUUCACAAACUCCAAGGUAUAGCCUUCUUUAUCAGCGAAUGGAGCUUUCUGAGGCAGCUGAGAAUGGUGUUCGCGCAGUUGUGCCCCAGAAGGUUCCCCGACUGCUGCGGCUUGAUUGGAGCCCAGACGGCUUAGCUUUCGAUGAGAUGGAUGCACGUCUCCCUCAAACACUAUUGGUGCAAUCCAAGGUCUUUGAGCGACCCUUGCGACCUGGUGAGCUUUUACAGCAAUUGGGCGAGGUUCAAGACAAGUUUUUCAGCUUUGACAACUGGACCUCCUAUGAUUUCUGCCACUACUUCAUGACUCAGGCACCUGGCAAAACAUACCAAUACAGGUAAAUGAAAA